GCCCAGUACAAAUUCGGUCAAACCCUCGGUGCCGGUACAUAUGGCGUCGUGCGCGAGGCUGUGGGCCCAACCGGAAAAGUAGCUAUCAAGAUCAUCUUAAAGAAAACAAUAAAGGGCCACGAGAACAUGGUGUAUGAAGAACUUAAGAUACUACAAAAGCUGCAUCACCCUCAUAUCAUCAAGUUUGUUGAUUGGUUUGAGGCUAGGGAUAAGUUCUUCAUCGUCACCCAGCUCGCCACCGGCGGGGAAGUUUUCGAGCGAAUUUACACCCAGGGCAAGUUUACUGAAAAGGACGCUUCGCAAUUGAUCAGGCAGGUCCUCGAUGCUGUAAAUUAUCUCCACCAGAAUAAGAUUGUUCACCGAGAUCUUAAGCCUGAAAACCUGCUCUUUGUCACAAAGGACCCGGACUCACCAGUUGUUGUGGCUGAUUUCGGUAUCGCCAAAACGCUGGAUUGGCAAGACGGGCCUCUCCACACACUAGUUGGAUCAUUUGGCUACACAGCCCCUGAAAUUCUAAACCGUUCAGGCCAUGGCAAGCCUGCGGAUUUGUGGUCUAUCGGGGUUAUUACGUAUAACCUUCUCUCUGGCUACUCCCCUUUCCAGAGCGAUAAUCUCCCAGACUUGCUUGAAGAAUGCCUCUCCGGCUCCAUUAUCUUUCAUGAGCGGUAUUGGAAGGAUGUCAGCGACGAUGCCAAGGACUUUAUCAUGAGCCUCAUCGUUCCUGAGCCACAUAAGCGUUUAACAAGCGAGCAAGCCUUGGAGCAUAUCUGGAUCAGCGGUCUUACCGCUAGCGAGCACGACCUGCUGCCCGACAUCAGCCGUGCUAUGGAGGCACGCGCUAAACUUAAGCAUGCUAUCUUGGCUGUCACCCUGAAGAAGAGAAUUGCGGCUCUCAAGGAAGCUGAGUCCGACUCGGAUGACAUGGGCGACGCUGAAGACGGAGUGCCUUCCUCUGGCGUUGAUAGGAGGGAUGGCGCCAUGUUCCGCGAAGUCGUCCUCGGCGCCGUUCGAGACAAACGAGCAAAGGAUGGUUUGGCGGCAGCCGGAGAGCAAGAGCUGGAAGAGGCAAGGAGCCGUAGCCGGAGCCGAGGCCGAAACUAA